CGCGAAUUGCGACCGGCGUUUUGGUGGGAAACCAUCGUGUAGCCUCUCUAAAUAACAAUGUUGGCGGAAAUCGUCUUCAGAUUGGUGUUGUAUCGGUCCGAGAACAAGUUACUUUGAAAUGGUAAUUUAAUAAGUUUAAACUUUAGAAGAUACAGAAAAAAUAUUACAAGAAUGAUUUUUAAAUAUAUCUUAUUUGCAACAUCAUUUCUUUGUGUUCACGCUGGUUCAAGUUAUCAAUACAUAAACUUUCAAAAACCUUCGAGUUCUCAAUCGAAACCAUCGAAGUUAGCGUAUUUACGUUCGUCUAAAGGAUACGCUCUUGAGGAUCGUUAUAGAGGAAGGAUCAACAAUAACCAACCAGUUCAAAACCAUGGUCUUUUACAACAACCCGAUAAUUUUGCAGGAUUCGACACGAUCCCAAAAGAUUUAAAUAAUUUAUCUUAUGAAAUAAACGAAAUUUAUGAUCCAUAUCUGUUAACUGGAAAUGCAGCAAAACAAGCAUCAAGAUUUCUUUACGGUCGAGGUCCGUUAUUUUUUGGACAAUAUCCACAUGUAAAGGCAUUAUUGAGAAAUCAAGAGAAGAGACAGGCAAAUGGUUUGGCUGGGAAUCGACUGGGAUCGCUAAGACCAAAUUCUCCGUUUCAUAGAUAUGAAAAACCACAUUAUUUUAAUUGGUAUAUUUAAAUAAAUAAUUUCUUCAGGCAUAAAA